AUGCCAAUUCAUGUUCUUAUUGUCGGAGCCGGUGCUGUAGGUGCAUUUUAUGGUGCAAGGCUUCAUCAGCCAUUAAACAAGGCCUCGAAAGAAACCCUGGUAUCCGUCGUUUGUCGCUCCAACUACAACAUCGUCAAUAAAAAAGGAUUUGAAAUCGAGUCUCCCGUAUACGGCUCUUCAGUUUGGAAACCACACCGAGUGUUUAACUCAUGCACUCAAGCUGCUGCUUCGGGGAUCCAAUUCGACUAUAUCGUCGUCACCACCAAAGCUUUACCAGAAGUGCGAGAUGAUUCCGUCGAUAUUUCUCCAGUGGUAACUGGCAUAUCAGCGAUCGUUUUGAUUCAAAACGGGUUUGGAAUUGAAUGGCCGUAUCGCGAUCGGUAUCCCCAGUCACCCAUUAUCUCAUGUGUGACAUUGGUAUCGUGCACUCAGACCAAACCAGGACUGAUUGUGCACAGCAGAUGGGCACGCAUCUACAUGGGUCCAUUUUAUACGAAAAAUAAUCCAACCCAGCAACCGCCUUUAGCAUUACAAACAGAAACAACAUCCAACAUGACAACCCUUGUUGAUCUGUUUAAACAAGGUGGAGUGGACGAGGCGUAUAUGAUGGAUGCUAUUGAAAUCCAACUUACCCGUUGGCAUAAACUGGCAAUCAAUGCAACGUUUAGUCCAACUUCUAUUCUUGGUGGAGGUGUUGGGAUCGCAUCUUUACUUCCUGAUCCAACCAUCAAUGAGCAUGCGAGAGAAUGCAUGCGCGAAGUGUUUGAAGCUGGUCCCAAACUGUUUGGACGCCCAUUUCCAUCUCAUCUAGCUUCUAUCGAUUCGAUUUUAGAAAAUACGAAAAAGAAUGUUGGGUUUAAACCCAGUAUGCUGGUUGAUUGGGAAGAAAAAAGACCAUUGGAAUUGGAGGUUAUUUUGGGAAACCCGCUGAAUCUUGCCAAGCUGCAUGGUGUGGAAAUGCCCAGAAUACAGACUUUGUAUGCAUUACUUAAAAGUGCAUACGCUCAACGUAAAUCAGCACAUUCAAAACUUUAAAUAACCUUGUUUUGGCAUUGUGAAUAAAUUGGCUUGAGGAGUCGACUAUGUCAAUCCAUCU